AUGUUGUCUUGCGUCCCUUUCAAGUUUUUGGGCUUACCGGUGGGAGCGAAUCAUCGUAGGAAGGAAACGUGGGAACCGGUGCUUAGUAAGCUGGAAUCUAGACUGAGUUCCUGGCAGGGAAGGCACCUUUCGCUUGGAGGCAAGGUAACUUUAAUAAACUCGGUUUUGAACAAUAUUCCUAUUUUCUGGCUAUCUUUUUUCAAGACGCCGAAGGUGGUGUGGGAGGAAAUUACGAGAAUUCAGCGGUCUUUUUUGUGGGGAAAACCGAAAGAUGAUAAGAGGCGUAUGGCGUGGGUGAGUUGGGAUAAGGUUUGCUUGUCUAAGGAGGAUGGAGGGUUGGGAGUCAAGAAUGUAGAACUGUUCAACUUGGCCUUGAUUAGCAAGUGGGGUUGGCGGUGCUUGGAGGAUAGGCAGUGUGUGUGGUCUCACAUUUUGGCAUUCAGAUACGGAGGUGGUGAGCAGCGCAUUCGCGAGGAAACUUCGAGCUACAGAUUGCAAAAAGCAUCCUUAUGGUGGCGUGACAUUAGGACUGUUUGUAGAGGUAAAGUUAACGACCAGUGUUGGUUUCUGGAUGCUGUUUCGCAAAACACGGACGGUGAGGUGGUUUGGGACAGCGGCAACGAUGGGUUUUCAGUCAAAAAUGUGUAUACCCGUUUGUACUCGUCGUGGUGUGAGGCUUUUAGGCUGGAUGUUUGUAAGGUGCAGGUGAUCCUUUCGGUUUGGAGGGCCAAGGUACCGGAAUCUGUCAAGUGCUUCGGAUGGCGGUUUAUUCUCAAUAGUAUACCCACUAGAGAGGAGCUAGGGCGGAGAGGCGUGCUGCUUGGAAGUGAUUCGGUGGUUUGUCCCUUAUAUAAUAGAGUUACGGAAUCAAAAGAACAUUUAUUUCUCCUGUGCACCGAAUCCGCAAAGGUUUGGAAGAAGGUUUUAUUUUGGCUGGUGAGAGAGGAAAUGGACAUUGGUAUAGGGAUCUUGGAGAUGGACAUUUUCGAGCUUUUCUCUAGUUUUUUGGAGGUCUGUGUUCGUGCUCCCUUGGUUCCUUUUUUCUGGCUGCUUAUUUCGUGGAAUAUUUGGAGAGCUAGGAAUGAGUUGGUUUUUUCCAACAAGGUGUGGGAUGUGUCGCGUGUUGUGAAUUGUAUUAAAUCCAUGGGGUGGGAAUGGUUUUUUUUUAGUUAUCAAAGGGCCCGAGUGUGA